AUGGGCUGGCGAUAUCAGAUCCCACUCUUCAUCAACAAAGGCUACCGAGUUAUCGCGCCAGACUGCCUCGGAUAUGGGCGGACGGACGCCCCAUUGGAUCUAAAUGCGUACUCACACAAGAGCUGCGCGGACGACAUCAAAGAACUAGCUAACCAACUUGGAGCGUCGAAGAUCAUCCUCGGUGGCCAUGAUUGGGGCGCAGCGCUUGCCUACCGCGUCGCCCUCUGGCACCCAGGUCUAGUAACGCACCUCUUCACCGUGUGCGUGCCGUACAGCCCGCCGUACAAGAAGUACAUGACGCUCGAAGACAUGGUGGCCAAAGUAGCGCCGCACUUCGCGUACCAGCUGCACUUUGUCAGCGGGAAGAUUGAACAGGCUGUCAAGAGCAAAGAUGAAAACAAGCAGUUCCUGAUUGCGCUCUAUGGUGGACGGACGCAGGAGAAGGAAUUCGCAUUUGAUCCUCACAAGGGUGUGAAUUUGGGGUUGUUGCCGAGGUUGAAGAAGACGUGGGUGAUAGAGGAGGAUGAAAUGGAGUAUUACGCCUGGGAGUUCGCUCGUCAUGGGCUUCGUGGACCUCUGAACUGGUACCGCACGCGCAAGAUAAACUACGAAGACGAGCUUUCUCUGCAACAAGGAACCAUCGACAUCCCUGUCCUCUUCAUCCAAGCGCUCAAGGACGCUGCUCUCCCGCCGCACUUGGGCAAGGGAAUGGGUAAGGUCAUACCGCAGUUGACGACGAAACAGGUUAACGCUUCGCACUGGGCUCUUUGGGAGAAGCCCGAGGAGGUCAAUGCGGCUUUGGAGGCGUGGAUGGAUGAGGUUGUUAAGGGAAGUAAUGGAGUGGCUAAGUUGUGA